AUGUCGGAGGUGGAUAAGAAAAAAAGAAUUUCAAAGAGGUACAAAAAAUGGGUAUCCCUGAGCAACUUCAUUACUCCAGAGUUGUUGGACAAGCUGCAGCCUCCAAGUAAAAGAAUAUGCUCUGUCACAGACUUUGUUUCUGAGGUCAGCAACACACAAAGUCGAAAAUUGAAAAAAACUUCUGGUAGCACAAAGACUUCGGAAGACCAGGAUGAAACCAAGGUGUCCAAGGAGAAGGACUUGCAAGAUAACAAAGAAGAAAAUGCCGAGCCAACUUCUCUUAAAGAUGCAGAAUCCAGAUUGCCAGAUAUGAAAGUGAGAGAAGAGAGUAAAAUUCAGUUUAGUAAAAUACCCAAGCAGAAAUACCCUCCUGGAUGUUCCCCAGCAGAAAUGACUAAAUACAGCAUUGACUCAAGCUAUGCUUUAGAGAGCAUACUUUGUUCAAAUUACAAGGACAAUGAAGCGAAGAUUCUGGGAGAAAUCCAGUUUGCCUUCAUAUGCUUUCUGAUUGGCCAGGUGCUGGAUGCUUUUGAACAAUGGAAAAAUCUUGUGCAUGUCAUGUGUACUAGUGAGGAAGCCCUACAGAAUCAGGCUUCUUUGUUCUUGAACUUCAUAAGUGCACCAAUGGACAUAAAUGUUCUCAAACUUAAGUAUUACUAUAUCUUCAUGUGA